AUGGUGUUCUGUCACAUUAACAGUCAGAAGGCAAUCACUGUUUACCUAGGCCAAAAGGAAGACUGGAAAAUCUGUUCCUGCUCGGAAGCUUGGGCCAUGUUCAGUGAAAGUGGAAGAAAGAAUCACAAAUCACAUCACAAAACACAUAUUCAACAGUCACCUAACCUUCACAAAUUACCACAUUGUUCUGGAUUACCAUCCCACCAGAAUCAACUCAGUAAAAAGUAUUAUGUUCUUCUACACAAGUUAUCUAAGUAUAGGCCUGCACAUUCACAUACUAAGUGUUCAGUCAAAAAUAACACUGUGGUCAACAAUAACAAUUCAGAGACCACCACCCAAAUACCAUCUUUGAAUUCCAUAUCUCCUUCCACCAAAAUUACUACCACUUCAGGUGUGAGUCUUCCCACUCAGAAUGCUGUUACUACAUCUGCAAGAGAAAAUAUCACGACUGGCUCUUCUGUAACUACACCAACAUCACAACCUUCUUCAGCUCUACCAGAGACCACAGCUGCCCCACCUACAUCUUUCCCAGCUACAACAACUCCACAACCUUCUUCAGCUCUGCCAGAGACAACAGCUGCCCAACCUACAUCAUUCCCAACUACAUCAACUCCACAACCUUCUUCAGCUCUGCCAGAGACUACAGCUGCCCCACCUACAUCUUUCCCAGCUACAACAACACCACAACCUUCUUCAGCUCUGCAAGAGACAACAGCUGCCCAACCUACAUCUUUCCCAGCUACAACACCACAACCUUCUUCAGCUUCACCAGAGAUAACAGAUGUCUCACAUGCCACACCUAAUUCUUCCCCAGACACUGUUGCACCUGAAACUUCUGAAACUACAGCUGCACCAGCCCAGACUACUCCGCCAACCACUAGUCAAACUGUUACUGUCACACAACCAACUUCAUCUCCCAAUAAAAAUAUAUAUCUUAAAUUUCUUGCAGGCUUACGAUAUUGGUUUAAUAGUAUUUUUGAUCAUUUAGAAAGGAUUCAGUAGUACAUCAUACAUUGUGUAGUGUUCUGUCAAUUAUAAAACAUGAUUUAUGAGUAUAGAACUUUCAUCUUUAAUUUUACCAUGAAUCCCAAAAUGAACUUAUAAUAUCACUUAAAUUUCUAAGUAUUAUCACUAAUCCUUGAAUCAAACUAUUUUUCCACAUGACCUAUUAAUGUCACAAACCACUUCUAUCUCAUAAACCAAUUUCACAUCUAGGAUUCAAGAUCACAUUUUAGGACCUACUGAGGGAACAGGAAAAUCUUUAGAUAAAAAGGACAAAUUGUGUAGGUCAUCUACCAUUCACUCCCCUAAAUGUUGGAAACUAUCAUCAUUACUUUGUACCACCAACCAUAAAUAGAUAAAACUCUUUCUACCUGAACAAAACAUCUAAAUAUCAAUAUAUUGAUACAUAUAUGAUUUAUCUUUAUAUCUAUCUUUUAUAUUUCCAUUUAUAUUCAUCUAUAUAUACAUAGUUAUGUUAUUAUAUUGCCAAUUAAGGACUAAAUCCUUUACAUAAUCAUUAUAAGUUUUAAAUAAAAUUCCACUCCACAAAAUGUGAGCUAGAAAAAGGGAAAGAUUUGAAAAGAAUGAAAAAUGAAAUCUGGCAGCCAAGCACAAACCAACACUCCAGCACUUCAUUUUUAAGAGCAUGUAAUUGUUUAAGCCUUAUGAUUGACACUGACUAUAUUACAUCUAAUUUAAUUUAUAUCUAAGGUAUUUGAUUCUAGCUUCUGUGAACCACAGAAGAGUUUGUUGUAUAUACACAAGUGACAUAUAAAAAUUCACUAUUAAUUCAAUUAAUACACAUUAAGUCAAUAUAAGAUGUGCUUGACAGUAGAAUUCUUUUUAAUUUAGUCACACAUUUGAAUGUGUUUAAAAGUAAACCUUACUGCCCUAGUGCCAAAUUUACAAAAUUGUCUCUGGAAAUAAACCCUAAUUUUAGUUGGCAGAAGAAUAAAAAUCAUAUGCUUGGAAUAUAGGAAUAAUGUUAACUUGGGACAUAGAGUUAUUUUUAUUUUCUAUCACUACAACUAAGAAAUCUGGUGAUUGUAUUUAGAGUUUUUGCUCAUUAAUAAAUACAUCACAUGGCAAUUA